CACGCUGAGGGGCCGAGCGCGCUCCCGCUCACAAGAUCCAAGAUGGCGGAUCUGCUAGGUUCUAUUCUGAGCUCCAUGGAGCGGCCGCCCGUGGUCGGGGACAAGGAGAGCCGGCGGAAGGCCCGUGAACAAGCGGCCAGGAUCAAGAAUAUUAAGGAGCAUGAAAAGAGACAGAAGAUGGAGUUUAGGAAAAAGAUGGAGAAGGAGAUCUCGGAGUUUAUCCAGGACACCACUGAGACGAAGAAAAAGUUUAAGCCUAUGGGGAAGAUUGAGCGCAGCAUCCUACACGACGUGGUGGAAGUGGCCGGACUGACCUCUUUCUCGUUCGGAGAAGAUGAGGAGAGCAGAUACGUCAUGAUAUUUAAGAACGAGUUUGCACCGUGCAACGAAGAGCUGGAGGCGUAUCGUAAGGGUGAGGAGUGGGACCCGGCAAAGGCGGAGGAGAAGAGAAAGCUAAAGGAGCUGGCCCGGAGGGAGGCAGAAGCCGAUGCACUGCGAGGUCCGUCCUGUGUCAACCCAGCCUCCGACUACAAGGAUAAAUACAGCCACCUAAUUGGGAAGGUUGCCGCCAAGGAUGCUGCCCACACCCUGCAAGCCAACAAGACCUACGGCUGUGUUCCUGUUGCUAACAAGCGGGACACCCGUUCCAUCGAGGAGGCCAUGAAUGAGAUCCGCGCCAAGAAGCGCCUAAAACAAGAGGACGGGGAGUCGGCGUCCAGCAGCAAUUAAGACGCUUUGGGCAUCUGAGACCCAACCUGCCCCCUAGUGGUAGUGGAUGGAAAGACACCGUGAAGACAGAUUUUAUCUGAUGGAUAUUUUUACGUUUUUAAAACUUUUUUUUUUUGUUGUUGUCUGUGUGGGCUUUAUUUCUCUUCAUUUCAAAGAUAUUGCGCAGUAAGUCCUGUAGCGACACCUGGGCCCAGACGGACGGUAAAAAGAGAGGAUUAUAAAACGCUUACCUCUGUUUCCAUGUUGUCUCUCCCCUGUCCGCGAGGGUGGAUUUGUUAUCUGAAGCUGACGCCGCUCUGACGUCCGUAUCCUGCUUUUUUGGAAGAAUGUUUUACUCACAGAAGAACCGGGGCCAUAUCGAGCAGAGUUACUCCGGGCCCCUGAGUCUGAAAGCGCCUGAUUUUAGCCUGAUCAAUGAUAAUCUGCUUUUGUAAUAUGUUUUAAGCCUUAUAUUUGUAAUGUUUUGGGAUAGUUAUAUAUAUAUAUUUUUUUUUCCAUAUAGUUUUAGGAUUUCUGAUAGGACAUUGUGAGUGGGAGCCACAUCAGACUGUGUUUGCGGCAGCCUGCCGUUCCAUCCCUGGAGGGGUUCUUUUUAGACCACAAAGAAGCUGUGAUAUCUCGGAGGCCAUGAUGUAAACCAGGGGUGGGGAACCUUCGGUCUUCCUGUUGUUGAACUACACAUCCCAGCAUGCCCUGCAACAGUUUUAGCAUGGCCAGAUAGCAAGGCAUGCUGGUAUGUGUAGUUCAACAACAGAUGGAAGGGGCCAAAGGUGCCCCACCCCUGACGUAAAGACUCCUUUUCCCUGAGAUCUGGCUUGUUGCGUUUUUAGUUUUGUUUUUAGAAGUGAGUUACUGGCUGCAAGAGAAUGUUCUACAGAGAAUUAUUUAAUUACUGAUAUGGAGCACCCGCCCUCUCUGCGAUCGCUACGUCUGUUCUGCAUAUAUAAGGUUAUUUCCCGCCCUGACUUAUUUAAAGCUACCUCUUCAUUAAAGUGAACAAACCUGUUGAAUUUAAA